AUGGCUCCUUUCUACAAGACCGCAGCAGCAUUGUGCCUCGUCGGACUCUUUGGGCUCCAGUCCGCGGCGGACGAGACACCGAAGUACGCAUUUGAGAUAGUAGAUGUAGAAGAAGAUGGCUACUUAACGGCGAAGUUGGCCCGUAACGGAAAAAUUUCAGCUAAGACCAAUGCAGUUGAAAAGGAUACCCAGCUUGUCACAGAGUUGCAGGCAAAAGUGAAAACCAACACUCAGGUUAAAGAGGCGACGUGCUCGACAUUGGUGACAGCAGAACUUAAGAAGUUCUUUCAUCACACCUUCAACUACACAGAUGAACUGGACUACCGUACACUGGUGCAGCAGGCCCUCAAAACCGGACUUGACUCAAUCGGCGAGGAGUACUUCAACGAACUUCUUGCACGAGAAGAUGAAUUAAAAAGUAUGACGGAAGAUGAUCUGAAGGACCCGAUUGUAACCAGCUCUGCAGAUAUUGCCGUUCCCAGCAUUCUAACUGCCGGUUUGGUCGCCAUCCUGGCAGCUAUCUCUGCCUAG